AACCGGCAGCCAAUCAAAUGCGAGAACAUUUUGUGAACUCUUGCGCGGACAUACGCCACUUCCUCUUUUACGCCAACCUCGUCAAGAUGGCACCGAAAAGGCAGACUGUUGUGAAAAGGAAUAAAAAGGGUGCUUCCUGGAAAUUCACCCUGGAUUGUACUCACCCAGUGGAGGAUGGGAUCCUUGACUCUGCCAACUUUGAAACCUUUCUGAAAGAGAAGGUGAAGGUUAAUGGCAAAACAGGCAACUUGGGAAAUGUAGUGCAAAUUGUGCGUCAGAAGAACAAAAUCAGCGUCACAUCAGAGAAGCACUUCUCUAAAAGGUAUCUUAAGUACCUCACAAAGAAGUACCUGAAGAAGAACAACCUGCGAGACUGGCUGAGGGUGGUGGCGUCGGAUAAGGAAAGCUAUGAGCUGCGCUACUUCCAGAUCAGCCAAGAUGAAGAAUCUGAUGAUGAAUGAAUGGGUGUAUCAGGGUCCUGCAGAAGUGGUCACAUCUUCAAAUGCAGGACUACACAUUUUGAUAUGUGCUUGUAAAUAAAAAGAUACACACAGAAA